UGCUCCUGUGGUGGCGCCGCUACGCCACCAAGUUCUCCAGCGCCGGCGUGCCGUCCCUGCCGCCGCUGCCCGUGGUGGGGAACAUGCUGGACGUGGUGCUCAGCAGGAAGGCCAUGCCCGAGGUCGUGGUGGACAUGUACAGGCACUUCCAGAAACACCCCUACGCUGGGUUCUACACGUUCGCAAAGUCUCUGGUCUUGGUGAGGGAUCCCGAUCUCAUCAGGUCCAUCACUGUCAAGGACUUUGACCACUUCACCGACCACGUCGACUUUCUCAACACCGACAAGGGUCAUCCAGUCCAACAGCGGAUGCUGAUUUUCAUGAAAGGAAAAGAAUGGCACGACAUGCGGGCGACGCUAAGUCCUGCAUUCACGUCGAAGAAAAUGAGAAACAUGUUCCUGCUCAUAGCAGAGAUAGGGCAGCAGGUGGUCGAAUACAUAACAAAGGAAUGUGCCAAGGUCGAAGUUCCUUCUGGAGAAAAUCGGGUAUUGACACUGGAGAUGAAGGACCUAUUUACACGCGUGACCAAUGAUGUCAUCGCGACGACUGCAUUUGGAGUAAAGGUGGACUCCUUGGCAGAACCAAACAACACAUUCUACACAACGGGCCGUGAGCUGACAACAAUCAAAUCGGGAACGGUAAUUGGAUACAUGCUAGUGCCAAGGCUUAUGCAGUUAAUAGGUGCACAGUUCGUCAACAUGAAAGCAGUGGAGUUCUUCAGGACCAUGUUGACCGAGACUAUUAAAACGCGAGAGCAGCAGGGGAUCGUGCGCCACGACAUGAUCCACCUCAUGAUGCAGGCCCGCCGCGGAGAACUGGCGCCAGACGAAGGGGAGGCGAAUGGCGCCACCGAUGGCAAAAGACGACACCUCACUGAUGAUGAUAUCACGGCGCAGGCGCUCAUAUUUUUCAUCGCCGGCUUCGACACCGUGUCGACACUGCUGACGUUCUGCAGCUACCUGCUGGCCACGCACGAGGACGUCCAGAGGCGGCUGCAGAGGGAGGUGGACGAGCUGAUGCAGAAGAGCGGCGGCCAGUCCAGCUACGAGCAGGUCCUGGGCUGCCAGUACCUCGACAUGGUGCUCUCUGAGACGCUCCGCAUGUACACGCCGCUGGCCUCGCUGGACCGCACGUGCGUGCGCCCCUACAGGCUGCCGGCCGCAGGGGGCUGCCCGGGCCUCGAACUGCGGCCCGGGGACGGCGUCUGGAUGCCGGUGCUCGGCAUCCACUACGACCCCGAGUACUUCCCAGACCCGGAACGUUUCGACCCGGAGCGCUUCAGCCCGGAGAGGAAGCAUCUCAUCAAGCCGUUCACCUACUUCCCGUUCGGGUCAGGACCUCGCAUUUGCAUUGCCCAAAGGUUCGCGCUGAUGGAGUGCAAGGCGGUGCUGGUCCAGCUGCUGUCCAGGUUCAGCCUCCAGGCGGUCGCCGAGACGCCGGUGCCGCUCAGACUCCAGCCGGACAGCGCCACGCUCUCCGUCAGGGGCGGCGCCUGGCUCGGGAUUCGAAGCAGGGUCUGA